UUUUGGCUUUGUUUGGUUAGGACAGUUUUUCAGGAAAAUGAGUAUGGAGGGAGCCAUACAGGCCCUGUUACAAGCGGCGGCAGCCCAACAAGAGGCAACUAGAGCUCAACAAAUAGUUCAUCAGGAUGCAAUGCGAAUGUAUCAGGACACGUUACAGAUCCAGCAUCGCACCAACCAGCUGCUCAUAGAAGAGCAAGAGAGAAACACCCGGGAGUUAAGAGAAGGCCUAAAGGGGCUAGCGGACCAAAUUGGGGCUCAAUUACCAGCUGCAAAUACCCAGAGGAGGGCCAAUCAUUUUCUUCAAAAAAUGACAGCGCAGGAUGAUGUGGAAGCAUAUCUUACCACCUUCGAAAGGACGGCAGAGAGGGAGAAGUGGCCGAAAGAAGAAUGGGCAGGGCUUCUGGCACCAUACCUGGCAGGGGACGCUCAAAAAGCGUAUUUCGACCUGGAGUUGAAAGAAGCACAGGAUUACGAUAAACUAAAGGGGGAGAUCCUGACUAGACUGGGAGUGACAGAUACCGUGAGGGCACACCGCUUCCACCAGUGGUCCUACCGACCGGGACAACCCCCACGAACACAGAUGUUCGACUUGAUUCACCUGGCACGGAAAUGGUUGCGACCAGAGACCCGGUCAUCCGCCGAGAUUGUCGAGACCAUCGUACUCAACCAGUUUCAGCGAGGUCUACCCCAAGAAGUGAGACGACGGGUUGGCCAGAACGAGGUAUUUUCCGCCGACCAUCUCGUGGGCCUGGUUGAACGGUAUUGUACGGCAAGAACAGCUGAGCAGGCACAGGAGGAAAGAUUCCCGUUCCCCAGGCAUGGGCGAACCAGCGGACAGGGUAAGGCUGUCCCAACAUAUAGAGGGGGAAGAGAGCAGCGUGUGGCCAUGAGGAAAGAAUCAGAUUCAGGCCAAGACACUAAGGGAAAAAAACGGAAACCAGUACUGGGUGUCGAGGGGGUCUCCCCCCCCCCCGAACCCCUAUUAUCUGUUACAAUUGUAAUCAACCAGGACAUAUUGCAGCCUAUUGCCCUAUUAAAGAAGAGCCAAUGCAAUGUAACCUCGGUGAAAAUGAAGAUGACAUACGGUAUGCAUGUCCUGUUGUAACCACUGUACUUGAA